AUCCCCACACAACACUCGUCCCACCACAGAUCUCUCUCUGCUUUUCCUCAAUUUUUUUCUUUCUCCAUUGUCUGAAAGAAACCAAACCAAACUAAACAAAAAACACAAAUGAGUACUAUGAAUCAUGUCCUGUACAUUGCAUCUCUAAUAAUCUCAUUAACAAUGUGGACUGUAGAGUCUCGAAUCCCUGGUGUUUACAACGGUGGCGCAUGGGAAACCGCUCACGCCACUUUCUACGGUGGUUCCGAUGCUUCCGGCACCAUGGGUGGAGCAUGUGGUUAUGGAAACCUAUACAGUCAAGGCUACGGCGUCAACACUGCAGCUUUAAGCACAGCACUAUUCAACAGCGGACUCAGUUGCGGUUCAUGUUUUGAACUGAAGUGCGCUAACGACAAACAAUGGUGUCACUCCGGCAGUCCUUCCAUUUUCAUCACCGCUACAAACUUCUGUCCUCCCAACUUCGCUCAAGCCAGCGACAACGGCGGUUGGUGCAACCCUCCACGUCCUCAUUUCGACCUCGCCAUGCCUAUGUUCCUCAAAAUCGCCGAAUACCGCGCCGGGAUUGUCCCUGUUGCUUAUCGUAGGGUUCCGUGUAGAAAGAGUGGUGGGAUUAGGUUCACUAUUAACGGUUUCCGUUACUUUAACUUGGUGCUAAUCAGCAACGUCGCGGGUGCAGGGGAUAUUGUGAGGACCUAUGUUAAGGGAACGAGAACAGGGUGGAUGCCGAUGAGUAGAAACUGGGGGCAAAAUUGGCAAUCGAAUUCUGUUUUGGUGGGUCAGGCUUUGUCUUUUAGAGUUACCGGUAGUGACCGUCGCACUUCCACUUCGUGGAACAUUGCUCCACAGAAUUGGCAAUUUGGUCAAACUUUCACCGGGAAGAAUUUCCGUGUUUGAUGAGAGUUGUGGUUACUGGUUACCGGUUGUUGCCGGUCAAAGUUCACAUUGUUAUUUUAUUUUUCAAUAUAUGAUGUGACAAAAGUACUAAAUGUUUUGUUUUGUUUUUUCCACCAAUUGUGUAUUUGGCGCGCAAUUUUACAGUAGAUUGGUGCUUUUUUGACUGGAUGUUUUGGAGACUGUGACGGGUUAAGAGGAAAGGUUUUCAUAGAGAUGUGUGUACUGAGACUUUUUGUGAGUUUUUUUUUUUUUUUGGUUGUAUUGGGGGUGGGAAGGUUGUGUUUUUUUAAUUGUAUGAAAAAAAGAAGAGAUUAGGGUAGAGUUAUAUGGAGAGGAUUAAAAAAAGUGUAGGAAAAAAAUGCUGAAGUGGCUCGGCAAAAAAAGGUAGUAGCCCGCAGCGAAUUAGUUAUACAAUUUUAUAUGUUGCUGUAACAUCUACAAUGAUUUAUGUAACCGUGGAAGUGUGUUUUUGUUAUGAAAGUUUAAAUUGGGAAAUUUGUUCUA